AUGGCAGCGGUGGGGUCCGGCGGUUCCAACGCGGCGGCUGGGCCAGGGGCGGUCUCCGCGGGGUCGUUGGAGCCUGGAACCGCUAGUGCGGCUCACCGGCGCCUCAAAUACAUAUCCCUAGCUGUGCUGGUGGUCCAGAAUGCCUCCCUCAUCCUCAGCAUCCGCUACGCCCGCACACUGCCUGGGGACCGCUUCUUUGCCACCACUGCUGUGGUCAUGGCCGAAGUGCUCAAAGGUCUCACCUGCCUGCUGCUGCUCUUCGCACAAAAGAGGGGUAACGUGAAGCACCUGGCACUCUUCCUGCAUGAGGCUGUCCUGGUGCAGUAUGUGGACACACUCAAGCUCGCAGUGCCCUCCCUCAUCUACACCCUGCAGAAUAACCUCCAGUAUGUGGCCAUCUCCAACCUGCCAGCUGCCACGUUCCAGGUGACGUACCAGCUGAAGAUCCUGACCACGGCGCUGUUCUCCGUGCUCAUGCUGAACCGCAGCCUUUCCCGGCUGCAGUGGGCCUCCCUGUUGCUUCUCUUCACUGGAGUUGCCAUCGUCCAGGCACAGCAAGCUGGUGGUGGGGGCCCUCGGCCACUGGAUCAGAACCCCGGGGCAGGCCUUGCAGCCGUCGUGGCCUCGUGUCUGUCCUCAGGCUUCGCGGGCGUCUACUUCGAGAAGAUCCUCAAGGGCAGCUCGGGCUCGGUGUGGCUCCGCAACCUGCAACUGGGCCUCUUCGGCACGGCACUGGGCCUGGUAGGGCUUUGGUGGGCUGAGGGCACAGCCGUAGCCCGCCGUGGCUUCUUUUUUGGGUACACACCUGCCGUCUGGGGCGUGGUACUCAACCAGGCCUUUGGCGGGCUGCUGGUGGCUGUUGUCGUCAAGUACGCCGACAACAUCCUCAAGGGCUUUGCCACCUCCCUGUCCAUUGUGCUGUCCACUGUUGCCUCCAUCCGCCUCUUUGGCUUCCACGUGGACCCAUUGUUUGCCCUGGGUGCGGGGCUGGUCAUCGGUGCGGUCUACCUCUACAGCCUUCCCCGAGGCACCGCCAAAGCCAUAGCCUCCACCUCCGCCUCAGCCUCGGCCUCCACCUCUGGGCCCUGCACUCACCAGCAGCCUCCUGGGCAGCCGCCGCCACCCAAGCUGUCUUCCCAUCGCGCAGACCUCAGCACGGAGCCCUUUCUGCCGAAGUCAGUGCUGGUGAAGUGA